GCCCGUCUUCCCCGCAUUAAUCCCUCCCCAACCACCACCGCAAGUUUGCAAACUUUCAAUACUUGUUCAGGAAUACUUGACGUCUGCUUCAAUGUCUUUCUCAUCUUCGCUUCGAUCGCUCACUCGACAACGCGUUGUUCCUCGUCUACGUUCGAUAACAGGCGUGCAGACGAUCCAGCGAAGGCAUGCGUCAUUCUACAACGUCGACCUUGCUGGACUGACAGAAGAACAGCUAGAGUUUCGGAAUGCAGUUACUGAAUUUGCUCAGAAGGAAGUCGCCCCAAGAGCAGCUGACAUUGAUAGAAGCAAUAAUUUCCCAUCCGAUCUUUGGGAGAAGAUGGGUAACAUGGGCCUCUUAGGUAUCACCGUAGCACCUGAGUACGGUGGACUACAACUCGGCUACUUCAACCAUACACUUGCAAUGGAGGAACUCUCACGGGCAUCAGGCUCCGUUGCACUUUCGUAUGGAGCACAUUCGAAUCUCUGUGUCAACCAAAUUCACCGAUGGGGAACCAAAGCUCAGAAGGAGAAAUAUCUGCCGGAUCUGGUCUCGGGAAAGAAAGUCGGGAGUCUGGCUAUGAGCGAACCCGAAAGCGGAAGUGACGUCGUCAGCAUGAAACUACGGGCCGACAAGGUGGAAGGCGGGUAUAAACUUAACGGGAACAAAUUCUGGAUAACUAAUGGGCCUACCGCAUCUACGCUGGUUGUGUACGCCAAGACAGCACCAGAGAAAGGUUCCAAAGGUAUCACUGCCUUUAUCAUCGAGAAGACUUUCCCAGGGUUUUCAACACACCAGAAACUCGAUAAAUUUGGUAUGCGGGGAAGUGAUACUUGUGAACUUGUAUUUGAAGAUUGCUUUGUCCCGGAAGAGAAUAUUCUUGGAGAGGUGAAUAAGGGUGCCGCCGUUCUUAUGUCUGGUCUUGACCUUGAACGACUUGUUUUGAGUGGUGGUCCUUUGGGGUUGAUGCAGGCUGCAUUCGACUAUGCAGUCGAGUACGUACACGACCGAAAGCAAUUCGGUCAGCCUGUCGGCACUUUCCAACUUAUGCAAGCUAAGGUUGCGGAUAUGUACACCAAGAUGAACGCUUCACGUUCGUACGUGUAUGGCGUCGCUCGGGCUUGCGAUGCUGGAAAAGUUAGCCGUAGGGACUGUGCUGGAGCGAUUUUGUAUUCUACUGAGAAAGCCAUUGAGGUCGCACUAGAAGCGCAACAAUGUCUCGGUGGAAACGGAUAUAUCAACGACUACCCCGUAGGCCGUAUCCUUCGCGACUCUAGACUAUACGCAGUUGGCGCCGGUACACAAGAGAUUAGACGGAUGCUUAUUGGACGUGAAUUCAAUAUGGACUUCAAGGAUCGGUUAUAGACCAUGCAUGUACAAUGAGCUGGCUGCACUUAGCAGCUGUAGAGCAUUUGUACGUAUAUAGUUUACUCAUCUGGAACUAUACCCAUGUACAAUACCAACUUUGGAACUCUGGAAUCUUGGAAUGUAUUGUGGCGCAUUAUGGCUUUCUAAUUAACCCGUC